AUGUCCGUAACUAAUACUGCAUCCUUUAAUGAUACAUUCAAAGUCUCCGACAAUGUAGCCAUUGUGAUCCCAGAUAGCAACAUCGAGGUCACUUAUCGUGAUUUAGCAAACAUGGUAGGUCAUUUGCAAAGUAUGUUUAACAAUCUAGACUCACCUCUAUACGGUAAAGUUAUUAGACAAUCUACCGUUGCAAUCUCGAUGCCAAAUUGUCUAGAGUUUGUAGUCGCAUUCUUAGGUGCCACUAUGGAUGCUAAGAUUGGUGCACCAUUGAACCCUAACUAUAAAGAGAAGGAAUUUGAUUUCUAUUUAAAUGAUUUACAAUCUCAAGUUAUUUGUGUUCCAAGAGGUACCGUGAAAAUGACUCCAAAAGCCGAAAUAUUGAAAUCUGCUAAGAAGUUCAAUUCUUAUAUUGCUGAAUUAUACUUCAAUGAAUCCAGAUUUAGAGUCGAAUAUGAUAUUUAUGAACCAAAGGAUGGCUACAACAAGAAGAUUUACUCUUCUUUGGAUGGUGCCAAGUACUUACUUGGUCCUAUCGCAACUGAAUUCCCAGGGUUUGCACGUUCUAGUGAUAUUGCAAUGAUUUUGCAUACAAGUGGUACAACUUCAACUCCAAAGACUGUUCCAUUGUUACAUUUGAAUAUUGUUAGAAGUACUUCAAACAUUUCUAAUACAUAUAAAUUAUCUCCUUCAGAUAGAUCAUACAUUGUGAUGCCCUUAUUCCAUGUACAUGGUCUAAUUGGUGUGCUACUAUCUACUUUCCGUACUCAGGGGUCUGUGGUGAUCCCACCUAGAUUUUCUCCAAAGAGAUUCUGGAACGAUUUUGUAAAUUAUCAUUGUAAUUGGUUCAGUUGUGUUCCUACAAUUAGUAUGAUCAUGUUGAACGUCCCAAGACCACAACCAAUGCCACAUAUUAGAUUCAUCAGAUCAUGUUCUUCUGCUUUGGCACCAGCCACUUUCCAUAAAUUAGAGACAGAAUUUAACGCACCGGUGUUAGAAGCAUACGCUAUGACUGAGGCUGCUCAUCAAAUGACUUCAAAUAACUUGCCACCAGGUAAAAGAAUGCCAGGUACUGUAGGUCAACCUCAGGGUGUUGAACUUGUCAUCUUAGAUGAUAAGGACAACGUGUUACCACAAGGUGAUAUUGGUGAAGUUUCAAUUAGAGGUGAAAAUGUCACUCCAGGUUACAGAAAUAACGAUAAGGCUAAUCUUGAAAAUUUCACUAGAUUAAAGAAUUAUUUCAGAACUGGUGACCAAGGUUACAUUAAUUCUGAAGGCUUCCUGGUUCUUACUGGUAGAAUCAAGGAACUGAUUAACAGAGGUGGUGAGAAGAUUUCUCCGAUUGAACUUGAUAGUGUCAUGCUUUCCAACCCAAAGGUCGACGAAGCGGUAUCGUUCGGUGUCGCUGACGAAAUGUAUGGUCAAGUCGUUCAAGCUGGUAUUGUCUUGAAACCUGGUCAAACAAUGUCAUACGAAGAACUUGUCAAGUUUAUGAGCGAUAAGGUUGCUAAGUUUAAGAUCCCAGUCAAGGUUUAUUUUGUUGAUAAAUUACCAAAGACGGCAACAGGGAAGAUCCAAAGACGUAUCAUUGCCGAGACUUUCACUCGUUCUUCAGAAAAGAAGAGUAAAUUGUAG